AUGCCCCUCCACCUCCCCAAGAUCAUCCACAGGCGCAGCCACUCCGGCACAGAAAGCCCUUUCAUUAACAACUCCCGCUCCUCCUCAGACGACUCUCAGCCUUUACCGGGCACAUCCCCAUCAGCCUCCUUGCAGAGUGCUGGCUCCCCCGUCCUCGCCUCUCGUUCGCCGAGGCCAGUGAGCUUCAUGGAGCAAAGCCGUAGGGAGUCUGCCCAGUCCGGCUCGCAACUGCAUGGGAUACUCAAAAACGGCGCCCCAUCUGGGAACGGGAGCGACAGCGCUUCUGGAAACGGGUCCUCAGGCGGAUCAGCGCUGGCAAGCUUGCACAAGCGCAUGAGUUCGUUGACCUUCAACAGAACCGACACUAUCGAGACCAUGUUCUCUCUUGACGGAGACACCGACCGAGAUGAAAACCCUCGGAGAGACUCUACGGACCCCUCGUCUCCCUCCACUGCCGCCACCUCAGUUUCUUCCCUAUCUCAGUUCUGCCCGCUACCCGAUACGCAGGGCAAAGGCUUUCCAUUCUUCAUGAUGACACUCUCAUCAGUAUCCACACUCUCCUUCGUCGCUUUACCGCCACUACUGCGGACCAUUGUCCUAGAUGCGGUGAAUCGCGCCUGGAAGCGAGGUGUCAGCAAGAUCCAAGAGGUAGACUAUCAACCGGAGUUGAUGAGGAGGCACAAGGAGAAGGGAUGCGAGGGCGGGGUCUGGGAGGUGACGUUUAGGGGGGAGGCUUGGAUGCCCACGAGCUCGGAGAAGGUCUCCUCGAAACGGAUUAUCCUCAACCUGCUCACAGAGUUUGCUCGCCAAGGCUACAGCCUCACCUCCUCCUUCCGUACCUCUGCCAAAGACUCGGGCAAAGACAGUCUCGUCUUUUUGCGCUCGCCGGCGCCCCCCGACCCAGAACCUGUAUUCUUUGCGGUAGCGUUCUACUCGCAUGACAGGAUCUGGAUUAUCGAUGCAGAGGCGGAAGUGGGUCAAGCGGUGGAGGAGGGUAUCAAGAGCUGGUGGAUAGACGGCGUCCGGGACGCAAGGGUGAGAGAAAGACAUUGCAGAGAGUUGAGGCUGCGCGGAGCUCCCUGGUCGGCGCACUCUACUCAAGGGCUCAUUUCAUCCCGAGUCAUCCACUUGACCAUCAUGAAGAUCAUUACUCAGCGCGCCAUGGGAUACGAUUUCGUUGGAAGUGUUGAUAUGGCGGAUAAGGAGGAGGCUGAGAUGCCUGUGACGUUCUAUCGGAGAAGGUGGGGGCCAUCGACCAGAGCAGUGUGGGGCGAGGUACCAGAGGAGACCACUGGAUAG